CAGAAGCCCUAAGGAAGGUUGAAUCUUCACUCUAUCACCAUUUCCUUCGAUCUCCCGACAGGUCGCUAGCCCGUUGCUCUUCCCGGCGCAGCUUCAUUAACUCCAUCGUCAUCCGAUUUCAUUUGCCCCUCUUGCAUCAGUCGUGUCUACCUUCCUUCGCCUCAGCUCAACCGGCGUCAUCAUCCGGUACCCCUAGAAUAGCCGAAAGUUAGUAGUUUUUAUCAUAGAAGUACUCUGUUAAACGAGAUGAAUCAACUUAAAGUCAUAGAGUUAGACGAAGGAUGGCUAUUCAUGCAAAGGGGUAUUAUGAAGCUGAAGAGACUUCUGGAGGGUCUACCAGAAUCCAACUUUAGCUCAGAAGAGUAUAUGAUGCUAUACACUACUAUCUACAAUAUGUGUACCCAAAAGCCUCCUCAUGAUUAUUCACAGCAGCUCUAUGAAAAGUACAGAGAAGCAUUUGAGGAAUAUAUUAAUUCAACGGUGCUACCUUCCCUGAGAGAAAAACAUGAUGAGUUCAUGUUGAGGGAGCUUGUACAGAGAUGGGCAAAUCACAAAGUGAUGGUCAGGUGGCUUUCACGAUUUUUCCACUACCUUGAUCGCUACUUCAUCUCUAGAAGGUCCCUUCCUGCUCUUAAUGAAGUUGGGCUUAAAUGCUUCCGAGAUUUGGUUUACCAGGAAUUGAAGGGAAAAAUGAAAGAGGCUGUGAUUGCACUGAUUGACCAAGAACGUGAAGGAGAGCAAAUUGACAGAGCAUUGCUCAAGAAUGUCCUUGAUAUAUUUGUUGAAAUUGGGAUGGGAGAAAUGGAUCACUACAUAAAUGAUUUUGAAGAAGAUAUGCUUAAAGAUUCUGGAGAUUAUUACUCUCGGAAAGCAUCAAAUUGGAUUGUGGAAGAUUCUUGUCCGGCUUAUAUGUUGAAGGCGGAGGAAUGCUUGAAAAGAGAGAGGGAUAGGGUGUCCCAUUAUCUGCAUUCAAGCAGUGAAGAAAAACUUGUGGAGAAAGUGCAAAAUGAACUGCUAGUUGUUUAUAGUACUCAAUUGCUGGAAAAAGAGCAUUCUGGAUGCCAUGCAUUGCUUCAAGAUGACAAGGUGGAAGACCUCUCCCGGAUUUAUAGGCUCUUCUGUAAAAUUACUAAAGGUUUGGAGCCUGUGGCUAACAUAUUCAAAAAGCAUGUUACUUCUGAAGGCACUGCCUUGGUGCAACAGGCUGAGGAUGCUGCAACCAACAAGGCUGAGAAUGGUACUAGUUCACAAGAACAGGUCUUUGUGAGGAAAGUAAUUGAGCUGCAUGACAAGUAUAUGACUUAUGUGAAUGAUUGUUUUGCUAACCACACACUGUUUCACAAGGCUAUCAAAGAGGCUUUUGAAGUAUUUUGUAACAAAACUGUAUCGGGAUGCUCAAGUGCUGAGUUAUUGGCUUCGUUUUGUGAUAACAUCCUCAAAAAAGGGGGAAGUGAGAAAUUGAGUGAUGAAGCUAUUGAAGAUACAUUAGACAAGGUGGUAAAGCUGCUGGCCUAUAUUAGUGAUAAAGAUAUGUUUGCUGAAUUUUACAGGAAAAAACUUUCUCGCCGACUUCUUUUUGACAAGAGUGCUAAUGAUGAUCAUGAAAGAGUUAUUCUGACAAAGCUAAAGCAGCAAUGUGGUGGUCAGUUCACAUCGAAGAUGGAGGGGAUGGUCACUGAUCUGACUUUAGCGAAGGAAAAUCAGAAUCAUUUUGAGGAUUACUUGUCAAAAAAUCCAAAUGCAAGUCCUGGAAUUGAUUUUUCCGUUAACGUCCUUACUACUGGAUUUUGGCCCACAUACAAAUCAUCUGACUUGAGUCUUCCUGCAGAGAUGGUGAAGUGUAUUGAAGUCUUCAAGGAAUUUUAUGAAACAAAGACAAAACAUAGAAAGCUGACAUGGAUUUACUCCUUGGGUACAUGCAAUAUAAAUGGGAAGUUUGAGCAGAAAACCAUAGAGCUUAUAUUGGGUACCUAUCAGGCUGCUGCUCUACUGCUGUUUAACUCCACUGAUAGACUCAGCUAUUCAGAAAUGAAGAUCCAGCUAAAUUUGGCUGAUGAAGAUUUGACAAGAGUUCUUCAGUCUCUAUCAUGUGGCAAGUACAAGAUACUUAUUAAGGAUCCAAUAUCUAAAAUCGUCUCUCAUAAUGAUUGGUUUGCAUACAACACCAAAUUUACAGACAGAAUGAGGAGAAUAAGGAUUCCUCUCCCGCCAGUGGAUGAAAGAAAGAAGGUGGUUGAAGAUGUUGACAAGGACAGGCGUUAUGCAAUCGAUGCUUCCAUUGUCCGCAUAAUGAAGUCUCGCAAGGUUUUGGGUCACCAGCAAUUAGUCAUGGAAUGUGUUGAGCAGUUAAGCCGAAUGUUCAAGCCUGAUUUCAAGGCGAUCAAGAAGAGGAUUGAAGAUCUGAUAACUCGCGAUUAUUUAGAAAGGGACAAGGAGAAUCCCAACCUGUUUAAGUAUCUGGCCUGAUAAAUGAAAUGAAGAAAAGGUGAUGAAUAAACUCCAGCAGAUGAUGAGUUUGUACAGGACAAGAACUGGUUUGGUUAUGGAGUUUCUAUAUUUUUGGCCAUCCCUUGCCGCCGCGACCUACAAUUUAGCGGUGUUAUUGUAAGUAAAGGCCUAUAAUAGAAGAGAGUUGUGUCAUUUAUUUCUGCUACUAGUUUUAAUGAUGCCAACUAUGUUUUUUCCCUUAUUUCACGAUGGAUCUUUCUAUUGCAUUAUUUUCUAAAUAUGUUCUUGUUCUUGAAGAAUUCACUCUGCUCUAUAAGACCUACCCA